CCUACCCCCACCCCACCCCCAAUCACAACCACUGUACUCUCUUUCUUCCCCUGUAAUUUGCUCCUUCUCCCUCACAGAGCCUCACAACACUCCAUUUACACCUCUACAUUUCUAGGGUUUUUGUCCUUUAGCGCACAAACUUCAUCACAAGAGCUCUGAGCAAGUUUUAUGUGAACAAACUUCAUCAACAAUGGGCUGUUUCCAGUCCAAAACCGCCAAUGUUCAAACUCCUGAUCAAGUCCCUGAAUCCAAACCAGAUCCAGCCAAUGGAGAUGAAGGAUCAGAUCAACAAGAUCAAAAUCAAGGAGUCCCCGCAUUCAAAGAGUUCGAACUGACGGAGCUUCGAGCUGCCACGAAUGGGUUCAGCAGCGAGCUUAUAGUUUCAGAGAGCGGAGAGAAAGCUCCGAAUGUGGUUUAUCGAGGGAAGCUUCGUAGCAAUAAAGUCGUUGCCAUUAAACGUUUUUCCAAGCUCUCUUGGCCCGACCCACAACAAUUCGUGGCAGAAGCUGCUGGUGUUGGCAAGGUUAGACACAAGAGAUUGGUUAACUUAAUUGGGUGUUGUGCUGAGGGAGAAGAACGUCUUUUAGUUGCUGAAUACAUGCCUAAUGAUACCCUCUCAAAGCAUCUAUUUCAUUGGGAUAAACAACCUUUGCCAUGGGAAAUGCGUGUGAGAGUUGCAAACCAUAUUGCACAAGCUCUUGAUCAUUGCAAUACUGAAAAUAGGAAAAUCUAUCAUGAUCUAAAUGCAUAUAGAGUCCUCUUUGAUGAGGAUGGUGAUCCUCGGUUAUCUAGUUUUGGUUUAAUGAAAAAUAGUCGAGAUGGGAAGAGUUAUAGUACUAAUCUUGCUUAUACUCCCCCUGAGUUUUUGCGUACAGGCAGGGUUAUUCCAGAGAGUGUGAUUUAUAGUUAUGGAACUGUCUUACUGGAUCUUUUGAGUGGAAAGCAUAUACCUCCAAGUCAUGCAUUAGAUUUAAUACGUGGAAAAAACAUAUUGUUGUUGAUGGAUUCAUCAUUGGAAGGGCAAUAUGGUGAUGAAGAUGCAACUGCAAUGGUGGAACUUGCUUCAAAGUGUCUUCAAUACGAGGGGCGAGAUCGUCCGGAUAUUAAGUUUCUUCUCACAUCAGUUGCUCCCCUUCAAAAACAGACAGAUGUUGCAUCACAUGUGUUGAUGGGUUUGAUAAAAACAGUAACUCCAGUGGCAGUGGCAGUGGUCCCCACCAUAGUUUCUCCUCUUGGAAAAGCAUGUGCAAGAAUGGAUCUUACUGCAGUACAUGACAUGUUGCUUAAAACAGGAUACAGAGAUGAAGAGGGGGCCGAAAAUGAGCUGUCAUUCCAAGAAUGGACUCAACAAGUGCAAGACAUGCUAAACACAAAAAAGUUUGGAGACAUUGCAUUUAGGGACAAGGAUUUCAAAGGUUCUGUUGAACAUUAUUCCAAGUUGGUUUCAAUGAUGCCGGUCCCUUCGGGCACGAUUUUUGUGAGACGGGCACUCUCUUACAUGAUGAUCGGGCAGCCUGAGCUUGCAUUGCGAGACGCAAUGCAAGCUCAGGUUUGUCUGCCCGAGUGGCCCACCGCGUUUUACAUGCAAGCGUUGGCUCUUUCUAAGCUUGGCAUGGAAACGGAUGCUCAAGAUAUGCUCAAUGAUGGGUCCACGUUUGAAGCCAAGAGGCAAAAUAGUUGGCGCAACUAGCCCCUGGACGCAUCUGAUGCGUACUUUGUUGUUGUACACAUCAGAUGCGUACUUUGUAUGUAUCUGAUACUUUGUAUGUAUCUGAUAUAUGCGCAUCUGAUACAUAAAAGUGUGUGUCAAACACAAUUAAGGGUAAUCGAAGAAAGUUUGGGUUCUUAAUAUGAUAUGAAGAUAAUGAGAUAGGCCCGGGCACAAUUGGGUUUAUUUAAUGAGGGGAGGGGUUGGGCACGAUUGUUUAUUGUCGUUGUGAUGUAGACUAUAGUAUCAUACGUAGAAUUUGUAUAAAGUGCCUUAAAGUUAAAAGGCUUCUAUUCGAGUUUAAGUUAUUUAU